AUGGUACAAACAGCAGAGGUGGCCAGUGGGCAGAAGCGAGGAGUAGGAAGGCCGCCAAAGAACGCGACACCGAUCACGAAGAAGCCUAGACUUUCUAUAUCGACACCACUGCAAGUCUCAUCGACGCUACAUUCCCCUUCGAAUGAUACACCGACCAAGAGAAAGCGAGAAAUCAAGCUACCAACAAGGAUAUCCGAGAGCAAGCCCAUACCUACUCUUCCACACCCACAGCGAUCAAGCCUCCCGGACGAUGAGUAUCAAAGCAUCGCAGCUAGUGCUGUUCUCUCGGCAGCUCUCGCACGAUCCCAGCAUCGAUGGACACACGAAUGCAUAUUCGAACGCUACUGGACGAAGCCGGAGACGGGGAAGGGUGCUCGUCCACCUCCACCGAACAAUCCGGAUUUGAAGUCUAUGAAGCUAAAGGGCGAGUGUCGGAUCAGGAUAGAGCCACAUAUAUUCGAGUGUCAAAUGUAUGUGGCCGAUAUACCGAAGCCUCCACCGCCUCCAAAGCAGCAGCAGCAGUACAACCAGCCGGUACAGAGUGCAUAUGGACAGCCAUAUAGGACACAGCAAGCAGGAUAUGGGCAGCAGAAUGCAUAUCAGGGGCAAACACUGGCACCAAUGACCCAGCAGAAUGGGCAAGGGAGGACGCUGCCACCCCUCAAUCCGAGUGGUCCGCGCUCGUUCUCGCUUGCACAGUCAUCGCCUUCAGCCACUCAAGACAAGAAGCCUGGUCCCGACCCCGUCAUCACCAAGCUCGCUGCACGUGCCUCUUCUGAUCCCGAGCUCAAGACGCUCAUGAAGGAAGUGGCGACUGGCAAUGCGACGCAAGAUCAACUGAAGGUCUUCCAGAAGCACAUCGACGAGCUACAAAGACAGAUCAAAGUGGAAAAGGAGCGCGAGGAAGCAGAGAAGAGGGCGAAAAUGGAAUCAAUUGCUGCAUCGCCGCCUGGAAAGGAGGAUGUGAUUCGCUAUGACGGAGCGCUAGACAACAAGCCGAAACACGAUUCACCGCAGCAAUCUACACCAAGUUAUCAGACGCCGUGGCGACCUCCCGUACCAACACAAGCACCCGUGAUCCUUGCCUUCACCAUCCCCGGAGCAUCAGAAGACCGCUUCCUCUUCCCGCAAAAUAGCAUCCUGGAACGCCUGAGUCCACACCACUACCUCGCCUCCUUCAUCGUCGUCAGGGCUGGCAAAGAAAGUGCAGAUCCUCAUAUCCCAAAUCUGAAUCCCAAAAAGGACUACUGGCAGCCCGUCACAUUGAUGCUCGAAGUCAAAGUUGGGCUGGAAGAGCUACCUGGACAUGUGCAGAAAUGGGUGAGACCUCCGGAAGAAGUGAGAAAGGGUAUGGAGGAGAUUAUGACGAGAUGCGAGCGGGCGCCGGAGGGGUGGGUGGCGAUGCGAUUACCCGUCAAGGGUCUCGUGGACGUGGAGGAAGGAAGUGCCAGUGCAAGUGGAGUCAGUAAGGAGGCUACUCCGGUUGUAGAGCAGAGCGGUAAGGCAAAGGCGAAGAGCAAUAUCAAGUACGUCAAGCGAGCGUCUACCGGGUCGGCCGCGACCAAAGCAGGUCCGGGUGACACGGCAGAAGGCAAGAAAGUAGAGCGCAAAGCUUCGAUCGGCAAAGUCAAGACGGAAGCACCGAUCGAAGCUGCUGCGGAUGCGAGGACCUCUAGUGAUGUACCAGCGAUAGAUGGAGCUGCCGAUACCCUAACAACUACAACGGAGACAGGACGACCAAGGAGGACAGCAAGGAAAAGUGUACGAAUCAGUGAAGCAUAA